AUGGAUUGGGAUCAGUUGGCGGAGGAAAAGUCGCAAAAGGUGUAUGCCGGCUGGUUAAAACUUCUUUUGCAAAACUCCCCAGCCUUGCCCCUCAAGCUUGCUACUCAGCAUCGUCCUGGUUUUCAAGCUACUAGAGUUUCAGAUUUCACAACUGGCUCGUUCAAUAUGUGCUGUACUGUCUCCUUUGAAGAUGGUUUCCAUGUUAUUGUUAGGUUUCCUAUUCUGGGCCGAAGUCGCUUCCGCUGUGAAAAAACUAGUGAUGAGCUCUUGGUGAUGGCCUUUAUUGCUCGGCACACAUCUAUCCCCAUCCCGACUGUCCUUGGAACUGGAAAAUGGGGCUGUGGUCCUUACAUUGUCACAACCGUCAUUGAGGGCACUUUGCUUUCUAGAUGCCUCCGAGAUCCUUCUGUGUUAGCACCAAGCCUGAAUCCUGAUGUUUCUAAAUCAGACUUGGAGAUCGCCUUCUCUGGGAUGGCUCAAAUUGUGCUAGAGCUCUCCAAGCCGGUAUUUAAGUAUAUUGGAGGCUUGAAAUGGGACUCUGGGAAGUGGAGGGUUUCAAAGCGGCCUCUAACUCUCAACAUGAAUGAGCUUGUACGCGUGGGAAAUUUCCCUCCCGACAAAUUUGUUGAUUGUAAUCACAUCUUUGCAAGUGCCUCUGGAUACUUCCAGCAACUGGCAGAGCAACAGUUUUUGCACCUCAAAUAUCAACGCAAUGAUGCCAUCACCAAUGAGGACGACUGCCGGAAGAAAUAUGUGGCUCGCUGUCUUUUCAAGCAAAUAGCACAGCGGGUCACAGUUCAACAUGGCCGAUACCACCUCUACUGCGACGAUUUGCGCCCAUCAAAUGUCCUUGCAAUGGGGUCUAGCUUGAAGAUCACUGGUGUCAUUGACUGGGAGUAUAAAUAUGUCGCCCCCGCUGAAUUUACAUACAGUGCUCCAUGGUGGCUCCUAUUCGAAAGCCCAGAGGCUUGGGACUUGAACAACUUCAUGGACCGAUACCGCCCUCGCCUCAAACUAUUCCUUGAGGUACUCCGUGUUUAUGAAGAUGAGCAGAUUCGCCAAGGCAGUCUAAGGGAAUCACAGCGUCUAUCAGAUAGGAUGGCGCUCUCUAUUGAAGAUGGGCUCUUUUGGUUUUGUCUCGCAGCCAGAAAAAGCUUCAUGUUUGAUGAGAUCUAUUGGGCAUAUCUUGAUGAACAAUACUUUGGGCCUUUGAGCUCUCUUGAUGACCGGCUUUCCCUUUUGACCCAAGAUGAACGGGACCAAAUGGAGGAUUUUGUUCGGGCAAAAGUGCAGCAGAAAGAGGAAAGGAGGUUGGAUGAACACCAAACAUUUGAUGAAGUUUUUGACUUAUAG